UCUUGCCCCCCUCUCUCUCAUAAUCGCUGGUACUCUCUCCCGCAUGCAUAUCUGGCAUUCUCUCCACCUUUUCUCCAACCCAGAAACUCUCUCUCUCUCUCUGGCUAUAGCUCUCUCUCUCCCUCUCUCUCUCUGGCUAUAGCUCUCUGGCUAUAGCGCUCUCUCUCUCUCAGUUUUCUCACCGCCGUCACGGUUGCUCGCCGCAGCUUCACACCCCCACCACUACCAACUAUCCCUUACCCGCAACUGAGUCGCCCACCUCCGACCAUGGUCAUUGCUGACCGAACCGGGCCUGCGCCAUGUGUUCUGCUGACAACCUCCACUUCGCUACCCAAACGGAUCUUGAUGUGAAGAAUGGCUAGGCAGAAAUACGACUCCCAGUGGAAGGAAGUAAGGCUCAUCAAUGCCUAUGCAGUGCUUGUUGUGUAUGUGUUGCACACGAUCAGAGGGAUAGGCUUCCUGGCGAUGACAUGGAGCACGGUGGUUCUUCUCGGUGGCUUCGUCUCCAUGAUAGACAAGGUGGAUUUUGGGCGUCUCACUCUGAUUACCCUCAUACAGAUACUCUGGAUAAACGCCUCUUUCCUUCAAAUGAUGGGAUCAGCUGGUGAUUUGUCCUCGAGUUUGAAGGCCGUGGAAAUUCUUUUGACGCGCAAGUAUCAGCAGGCUGCUAAUGCGCGCAAUGAUCACUCGGAACUGCCAGUCUUUAAGCAAGUUGUGAAAGCGCUACGUGUGGUGAUAGGAUGGGUUCUAGCGGUGGUUCACAAUGUAGUUUUGUACUUGACCAUCUUGUCUGUGGCGUGCCUCUUCUUGUUUGGGCUGUUGAUCACCACUUCGGUUUCGAUGAUCGGUCUAAUGAAGCACGACUACUAUGGGAACACGGAUGAGGGCAGAGUAAACAUGGAUCCGGCACAUAAUAUCUUGUAUGUCCUGUGUGUGGUCCAAGGCGCACUGUUCGUGUAUAGAAUCACAUUGAUACCUUCGAGGAAGAGAAUAGUGAAGCAAGUGAGCCGAACAUACGGGUUCCGUGAUGAUGGCCGUUCAGUUUCAGGCUACUUAGACGAAUUCAGCAAAGGAUACCUUAAGAAGACAUCAUCCGCCAGAGAAAGAAACCUCAUCACAUAUGCUGUACAACUAAUGGAGUCGGAGUCAUCCCGUAGCUGCCUUUCCGGAGCACUGAUACUGGACAGACUACUCGCCCGGCAGCGUUCAGACAAGAUCAAAGCUCAUGAGUUAAUCAAACAAGAAGAAGAAAAACAGCAAGGGCAAUUAGAUUUAGAGGAAAACACUAGAGCUCCUUUGUUUCAGACGGAUGUGAAGAAGAAAGAGGAGAAUAACGAGGUGGGGAAUAAGAGGGAGGAAAGGAGGGAGGAGAUGAAGAAGAAGAGGGAAGAGAGGAAGAAGAAGUGGGACCAAAAGAGGGUGGAGAGGAAGAAGAAGAAGAGAGAGGAGAGGAAAAAGAAGAGGCAUCAGCAUCAGCAUCAGCAAACAGAGGAGGAGAUCAUGGUGCAGCAGUGCAAGGUGAUAAAGCGGCUGAUCGGGUCUGCGUCCUCCGCCCACAUUCUACAGAAACUGCUUCACACACUAGACUCAAGACGCUCAAGUGACAAAUUGAUGAGGGAAGCUGCUGCGAGGAUAGUGGAGCACGUUGCUGGAGUGAUACGUUUGAACCAGUUCCCGCAAGGGAUCCAAUGCAUAUCUUCACUCAUCAACUACUUCGAAGAAUACCGUCGACUCCAGCCAUAUCAAUCAUCAUCAUCCUCAGUCAACACAAAUGAAGACAUUACAACUGCGACAAAAACAAACAAUGGUCAUGAUCAGAAACAAGGCAGCAGCAACAACACUUCGCCAUCCGAGUCAGAGUUGGAUUACUCAGAGUCAGAAUCAGACACAGACUCAGACUCAGACAGCGGGGUUGAUCGGCCAUCAUCACCUAAGACGCUCCAUGGCUACAAAGAAUUGGUGCUGACUGGCCUGCGUAUCCUUUGGAGACUUGCAGGCAGUGAGGACAACUGCACAAUCAUAAGCAACACCAAACAUCUUGUCUCCAAGAUCAUGGCGCCUAUUAGCUACGACCUAGUGCACCUCACAGGUCAUAGUGAAUGGUCCACUCAGGUAGUAGAGAGAUCAUUGGGGGUGAUGCUUCGGUUGAUUGUGACUGCCAAGGGAGACACUGGGGAAGACCUGCGUCAACGGAUCUUAAGUGAUGAAGGAGCAAUUUCCACCAUGAAAAAAAUUGUUGUCUGCGAAGAAUGUAAAGGUGGAGAACCGCAGAUGAAGGCCAUGCAGAUCCUCACGCAGCAAUGCAUGGAUGAAACUGUAAACAGAGGUAAUCUAACUAAGAUGCUCGUAAGCAUCUUCGUUGAUGGCGAUAGCAGCAAUGCCUCCAUCAGAAAGACUGCAGGUAAAACACUGGUGGUGCUGUUUCGCAGCAGCAAAAGCGCCGCCACCCUUCUCCCGAAGGAGGAACAUGAUGACUUUGUUGGUGGUCUUGCUAAAAUACUUUUACAAGUUGGAGACAACAACACAUGCAGAAACUAUGCUGCAGAAAUUCUGGAGCAUCUAUGUAUUCAGUAUGCUGAGAAUGGUGAAUAUCUCAGCACACUCAAGAACACCAUUACAGGUGUGAUGCCAGAGGUACUCAGAGAAAUGUGCCAUGGGUCAACAGAAGAAGCAGAAAAGCCUGAGUAUGCCAGAUCAGAUACUGAUGUCGAAAGCCAAAGCAAAACCAAGAAGAAGAGAAGGAACAAGAAGAAGAAUGCUUCACCCUCUCCUAGACAAAACCAACACCACAAGCUGCAUGUUGCCCUGCUAUCGCUCUGUGUGACGGCAUGUGACAAAUUACACCUUGAUCUCGAUGCAAUUUCAAUGGGAGAAGGAAGAGAUCAGGCUACAGAUCCAAGAGAAUCUGUUACGUUCAGCCUUGCGAUGAAAAUGGUGCGGUUAAACAGGGAUAUUAUAACCCCCGAUAGCCUGACAGCAAUGAAGCUUACCACUAGGAUGGUGAUAGCAGCAAUGAGGAAACUCGGGGGCAACGGCGCCGGUGUCGACCGAGCUAAUCUCGAGAGCCUCAUGGACUCCCUGUCUAGUGUUUCAGAGACCAUGUUGGAUCUAGAGGGAUGCAUGGUUUUCGCUACCGAGACGACCACGACAAAACCUGCCACUAUCGACACCCUCAGCUCCCUCGUGAAACAAGCACGGCAACUUCACGGAGAAAUUAAGGGCCAAGACUCAGAAAUAGUGACAGCUAGCUAGCUCUCUCAGGGCAAACAACCUAGAUCAUUUGCUAUGGAUUUGUGUCAGACGAUUUCCUUUUGAUAUUUGGAUUAGCUUCUGUUCAUUCACCUGUACUGUACUGUACUGUGUUAAACUAUAUCGUAGUGCC